GAGGCCGCAGGCCGUGCCUCCCCUCGGGGGGGGAGGAGAAAGGGGCUGGGCUGCUCGCCGGAAGCCUGGGCCUGCCACAGCUGGAGCGGCCAGGCCUGCAGUGCAGACGCGGACAGAGGCAGAUCCAGGCUAGGAUGGGCAGCCGAGCUCGAGUGUCGAUGGGGGAUGCCUGGAGCUGGCAGGUGCACCCCGACAUGGAGAGCGAGAGGCGCCAGCCGUCCUUCGACGUGGAAAGGCUCACCAACAUCCUCGACGGAGGUGCCGAGAACACUGCGCUGCGCAGGAAAGUGGAGAGCAUCAUCCACAGCGACCCAGUGUUUAGCCUGAAGGAUAAUUAUUUCAUGAGCCAGAAUGAACGUUACGAAGCCGGCGUUAAGAAGAAAUUCCACCUCCACAUGAUAGCACAGCGCCUGGGCUGGUCGGAACACAGUCGUGAAUUUCGUUACGCUUUCAGAGCCCUCACUGGAGACCUGGCCUUAGGUUUACACCACAUCUUCUUAAAAUCCCUCCAGAGCCUGGGCUCAGAGGAGCAGAUCGCCAAGUGGGCCCCGCUCUGCCACGAGUUCCGGAUCAUCGCCACAUACGCCCAGACAGAGCUGGGACACGGGACGUACCUUCAGGGACUGGAGACGGAAGCCACCUACGAUGCAGACACCCAGGAGUUUGUGAUGCACAGCCCCACGCUAACCGCCACCAAGUGGUGGCCGGGUGACCUGGGACGGUCAGCCACCCACGCCCUGGUCCUGGCCCAGCUGAUCUGCUCGGGAGCCCGGCAGGGCAUGCACGCCUUCAUUGUGCCCAUCCGGAGCCUCCAGGACCACACCCUCCUGCCAGGAGUCACUGCUGGAGAUAUCGGGCCCAAGAUGGACUUUGAGUACACGGACAAUGGCUUCCUGCAACUGGACCACGUGCGGAUCCCCAGGGAAAACAUGCUGAGUCGCUUUGCACAGGUCCUGCCAGAUGGCACCUACAUCAAGCUCGGAACGGCACAGAGCAACUACCUCUCCAUGGUGGUGGUGCGGGUGGGCCUGCUGUUGGACGAGAUCAACCCGCUGCUGGAGAAGGCUUGCAUCAUCGCCAUCCGCUACUCAGUCAUCCGCCGCCAAUCCCGGCUCCGGCCCAGCGACCCGGAGGCCAAAGUCCUGGACUACCAGACGCAGCAGCACAAGCUCUUUCCCCAGCUGGCCACGGCCUACGCGUUCCACUUCAUGGGGACCAGCCUCCAGGAAUUCUUCCAAGAGUCCUACAGCGCCAUUCUGGACAGAGACUUCAGCCUGCUGCCUGAGCUUCACGCCCUGAGCUCAGGUCUAAAGGCCAUGGUAUCGGAAUUCUGCACCCAGGGGGCCGAGCUGUGUCGCAGGGCCUGUGGUGGACACGGCUACUCAAAGCUGAGCGGCCUGCCAUCGCUGGUCAGCAGAGUGACCGCCUCCUGUACCUACGAGGGUGAGAACACGGUGCUCUACCUGCAGGUGGCCAGGUUUCUGGUGAAGAGCUACCUGCAGGCUCAGGCAUCCCCAGGCUCCAUGUCGAAGACGUCUCUCCCUCAGUCUGUUGCAUACCUGACCACACCUGACCUGGCCAAGUGCCCAGCCCGGAGGGCAGCAGACUUCCUUCACCCAGAGCUCUACACCAGGGCGUGGGCCCAUGUGGCAGUCAGGCUCAUAAAGGACUCAGCGCAUCACCUGCAGACUCGGCUGCAGUCUGGGGCUGACGAGCACGAGGCAUGGAACCAGACCACCGUCAUCCACCUGCAGGCUGCCAAGGCGCACUGCUACUACAUCACUGUGAAGGGUUUCGCAGAAGCUCUGCAGAAACUCGACCACGAACCAGCCAUUCAGCAGGCACUGCAGCGCCUCUGUGAUCUCUUUGCUUUGCAUGGCAUCCUUUCUACCGCGGGCGACUUUCUCCAUGAUGGCUUCCUGUCUGGGGCCCAAGUAGACAUGGUGAGAUCAGCCUACCUGGACCUGCUCUUCCUCAUCCGGAAGGAUGCCAUCUCGCUAACGGAUGCUUUCGACUUCACGGAUCAGUGUUUGAAUUCAGCACUUGGCUGUUACGAUGGAAAUGUCUAUGAACGUCUGUUCUACUGGGCCCAGAAGUCACCGACCAAUACCCAGGGGAACCCUGCCUACCAGAAAUAUCUAAGACCACUACUACAAAGUUGGAGAUCCAAGCUAUGAAAUAAUCAGCAGCAUUCAAGAAGCACCACUUGCCCUGGCCAGCUUGGCUCAGUGGAUGGAGCGUCGGCCUGUGGACUGAAGGGUCCCGGGUUCGAUUCUGGCCAGGGGCACAUGCCUGGGUUGCAGGCUCGGUUCCCAGUGGGGGCUGUGCAGGAGGCAGCCAAUCGAUGAUUCUCU